UUAUUUAUGCAUGUUGCAAGGGAGAUAAAUCUUGAACUUAGAAAAAAGAUGGGGAUGACUUUUCAAAACGACGACAAAGGAAGGGACAAAAUUCAGACGAUAUAAUAUUGGUUGUCUUAUUUUAACAGAGCUCGAACUACAAUUUUUCAUUAUUUGUAGUACAUACUGUUAUUUCUGCAACAUUUUUUCAGAGCGAAUCAAGAAGCUUUCGAAAGCGCCAUUUUCAGCAUCCAGAAAACGUGAAAUAAAUCGAUCCCCAUCCUCUGAACAUGGCAGAUGAUAAGCAUGAUGAAUCAGUUGACGAAUCUCCAGAAAUCCAUUUUGAACCUGUGAUAAAGUUACCAGAAAUAGAGGUUAAAUCAUUGGAGGAAGAGGAAGAAGAAGUAUUAAAGUUACGUGCAAAACUAUUUCGAUUUGACAAUUCUUUUGACCCUCCAGAAUGGAAAGAACGUGGAACUGGAGAUUGUAAGCUGUUGAAGCAUAAAGAAACCGGUUUGAUACGUGUUCUUAUGAGACGAGAUAAAACACUGAAAGUUUGUGCUAAUCAUUUCAUUACAGCCCAGAUGGAAUUAAAGCCAAACUGUGGGAGUGAUCGUGCCUGGUUAUGGAGUGUGGCGGCUGAUUAUGCAGAUGAAGAAGCCAAGCCAGAAACAUUGGCAAUACGAUUUGCUAAUGCUGAAAAUGCACAGAAAUUCAAUGAAAAAUUUAAUGAAGCAAAGACGAGCAAUGUGAAGCUUCUAGAGAAAGAAAAAUUAGAGAGACUUGAGAAUGGAGAUGGAGAUAAUAAAGACACAGAUAAAGUGGCCGAGAAGUUAGGUGAGAUGUCGGUGAAAUCAGACAGUAGUGAAAAGAAGGUGGAAAAUAAGACUGACGACCAGAAAACUGUAACGAGUGAAGAGAAAACAGACACAAAAGAUGAGAAAAAGGAGAAAGAUUCUCCAAAAAAGACAGAAAGUGUUUCGUGAUAUGUGAAUCCUUGGGAGAUGCCCAGGAAUGCAAAUUAGCUAUUGUGACAAAUUUUUAGUUCCUCGUUUGUGGGAGGUUAACAAGAAGACUUGUAUAAUCAAUUGUAUGGCUUGGAUAGGGAUAAACAUUGUCACCGGUUCUCAAAGUUGGAUAAUCAGUUGUUUCAUCUGUCAUCUCAUAAAUAUAGGGGAAAUGUCAUCUAAUUUAAGUAAACUUGUAUAUUUUGUUGUACGUCUUGAAAAGGUAAUUAACAUUGUCAUCAUUUCUCAGAAAUGAAAUGAUUUGACUGUUAACAGUUGAUAUUGUUUAAUUUGUCAUCUCAUGCAUGUGAGGGAAACAUCAUCUUAUUUACGGGGAAAAAAUCUUUGUUUGUUUUUCAUUGUGAAACAUGAGAACUAUCCUUUAAUUGUCGGAUGAAUUUAUUACCAUUUGAUGCAAAUCAGACCACCUCCAUUAUUUGUAUUCUAAGUUAUUUCUUGUUAUUGUGAUCUACUGUUCAUGAUUUUAUUUUCAAGUAAUAAUUGAAUUAUAAGUACUUACAAAUAAAGAUACAGAUGUAA